AUGAGGGCUGAUCUGUCGGUUGCGUUGUUCUCUCUACUGGCUGCUGCCCAGGCCACUGGUGGUUUCUGGGGCUCAGACAAGUUCUUCAGCAGCCCCGGCCGGUCCGCCAACAAAUGUACCCAGGAUCAGAAGAGCGGCUUCAACUGGCAACAGCUGGAAGUCGGCUCCUUCAAGCAGUUCGGCGGGUUCGACUUUAGCAACUUCAAGUGUGCCAAUGGCUUUGGGUCUGGAAAGAACAAGCGUGAUGCUGGCGAUGGCAACAACGGCAACAACGGCAACAACGGCAAUAAUGUCAAUGUUAAUGUCAACGGCAACAACGGACCCAACGGCAACAACGGACCCAACGGCAACAACGGACCCAACGGCAACAACGGACCCAACGGCAACAACGGACCCAACGGCAACAACGGCAACACUGUUCAUGCCAACGACAACGGCAAUGCUGGCAACGGAAUCAUCGGCAAGAACCCCAACGCGCCGUCGUUCUCGUGCGGCAAGGAAGAGAGCGGCUUCUCCAUCACGCACUUCCACAUGUCGACCACCGUCCAGACAAACCUGCACAUCAUCUACACCAUGCCCGAUGGCUCGACCUGCAAGAAUAUCGCGCCGUGCUCACCCGAGGGCAGCACCAUCAACAAUGAGCAGUGCGGUGGCGCCACCUCCGUGCACUUCGAGCUCCCCGAGGAGGCCGAGCACCAGGAGUGUGGCUUCGGUAUCUUCAACAUCGGCUUCGAUUGUAAGGAAGGUAAUACUGUCUCGGCGCCGGGCCAGCCUGCGCCCUCGGGUCCUGCUUCGUCGGGCCCUGCCCAGCAGAUGACUACCUCCACCGUCUACAGCACCAGCUUGGCUACCGUGACCAGCUGUGCUCCCACUGUCACCGACUGCCCGGCCGAAUCCACCGGCGUCGUCACCAAGACCAUCUCGGUUUCGACGACUGUGUGCCCCGUUGGCGAGACGCCGACUGGCCCGGCCCCUGGCCCUUCGUCCGUGGCUCCAGCCUCGUCUUCGGCUCCUCCUGGUCCUCCUGGUCCCCCCUCGGGACCGUCUCCCCCGCCUGCGGGCCAAACCACGUCUGUUGCCUCUGCGCCGCCUAAGAUGACUACCUCGACCAUCUACAGCACCAGCGAGGUUACUGUGACUAGCUGCCACCCGACGGUGACUGACUGCCCGGCUCACUCGACUGGCGUCACCACUUCAACUAUCUCCAUCUCGACGACCAUCUGCCCUGUCACCGAGACGCUGCCUGCUCCUGGUCCGUCGGUGGCUCCUGGAUCUUCUUCGGCACCGCCUCCUACCCCCGAGUCAUCUUCGGCACCACCUCCUGCUCCCGAGUCGUCCUCUGCGGCACCUCCCCCUGCCCCUGAGUCUUCUUCGGCACCGCCUCCUGCUCCCGAGUCGUCUUCGGCGCCUCCCCAGAUCCCGACUGGCGGGUCUUCGGUGCCGGCUGGUCCCCCGCCUGCGGGUCAAACAACGUCUGUUGCCUCCGCGCCGCCUAAAAUGACCACCUCCACCAUCUACAGCACCAGCGAGGUGACCGUGACCAGCUGCCACCCGACGGUGACUGACUGCCCGGCCCACUCGACCGGCGUCACGACCUCGACCAUCUCGAUCUCGACAACUAUCUGCCCCGUCAGCGAAACGCCUCCGCCGGCCGAGUCCACCCCGGCUGCCCCUGUCCCGAGUGGCAGUCAGCCUGCCAGCUCUCCCGUUCCUCCGCCGGCUAGCCCGCCCGCCAGCUCGCCUGCUGGUUCGCCAGCUCCUGGUACGACGUCGGUGCCGCCUGCCCCUGCCUCUAGCUCGCCUGUGCCUGAGGGCUCGACUGUCACAGUUGUCACUACUUCGAGCACUACGAUCUGCCCUGUUACCAGCACCGUCUCCUCGGGAGGAUCCUCUUAUGUCACUACGUCUAGCAGUACUUCGGUUAUUAUCUUGACUACUAGCUCGACUAUCUGUGCGAAGUGCACUGGAUCCCCAUCUCCUGGCCCCGAGUCUUCUGGUCCCGCUCCCUCUGCUCCGGAAUCCUCUGGCCCAGCUCCUUCCGGCCCCGCUCCGUCUGCACCAGAGUCUUCUGGCCCAGCACCGUCAGCUCCAGAAUCAUCUGGUCCCGCCCCCUCUGCGCCGGCAUCCUCUGGCCCAGCUCCUUCCGGUCCCGUGCCGUCUGGUCCCGCGCCGUCUGGGCCUGCUUCCUCCGGCCCCGCUCCGUCUGCACCAGUGUCUUCUGGGCCUGCUCCGUCGGCUCCGGAAUCUUCUGACUCGCCCCCUGCUCCCUCUGGUCUCACGACUGCCCCCGCCGGCCCGGCCGCCAGCGGCACCGCGCCAGCAUCGAGCCCGUCGGCGUCAGCACCUUGCCCGAACACUGUCCCUCAAUGUAUCAACACUUGGCUCUCACUGACGCCCAAGUGCCACUCCAACAGUGACGCCAAGUGCUUCUGCCCCAACAAGGAGUUCACCAAGAAGGUCAUCUCCUGCAUUGAAGCCUGGGGUGCCGGCAAGGACGAGGUGACGGCAGCCAUGUCGUACUUCACGGGUAUCUGCGCCCCUUGGGUGUCCGAGAACCCGGGCAUUGUGACGGGCAUCCCCUCAACCAUCACGCUGAUCCCCAGCGUCUCGGUGCCCGUGCCCAGCAGCAUCAUCAACACCAACGGCGGCCCUCGCACCGCCACCGCCGUGCCCUCCUCCCUCCCCGUGGCCCCGAUCACCACCGCGCCCUCCGCUCCCUGCACCACCAUCUCCUAUGGUUCGUCAACCGUCACCGUGCCGCUGGUCGGCUUUGUCACCAACACGGGAAGCAACAAGGGCGACUCCCCCACCGUCGGCCUCUACGCCGGCGGGCCCAGCGGUGCCGCGCCCGCCACUACCCCCAACCCAGACUCCCCCAUCACCACCAACGGCAGCAGCAACACCCCGCCGUCCGUGUCUGCCAACCCGUCCAAGCUGAUCACCACGGCCAGCCCCGGCUCCUACGGCGCCAGCGGGACCCCGAGCGCCUCCGCCUACAGCGCGGCCUCGUCGGUGUCGAUGGCCUGGAGUCUGAUGCUGGGGUCUGUUGUGGCGUUCUUUGCCAUUAUGCUUUAA